AUGCCCCCAACCGGCUCAGGUGUGACGCCUGCCCCUCCAGCUGCCUCGAGUGCUACAUUCCGGGCUUUAACACGGCGGCGGCGUUCGAGCCGCGCUGCCAUCUGUGUCAGGAAGGCUACCUCUACUACAGCCAGAACGGGACUGGGUCCACCGACAGUAUCAUUCCCCGCUGACCUCCAGACUGUGACAGUGCUUGCAACACGUGCACCUUUACAUCGACGUACUGCACUUCUUGCAGUAAUGGCUACGCGUACCGUGGGUUUCUUCGCCACCCACCUGGGUAUCUGUCUCUCCUCGCUCGUCGACAAGCCCAAGAACACGAACCUGGCCUACCUCGCCCUCCUCUCGCUCCUCGUCGCAGUCAUCAUCCUCGCUGCCGUAUGGUACAUUCGCAGGGAACGCGCAAAGACGCGUGCCGCCACACGCCAGUUUGCCGCCCACCUGGACGAGCAAGCUGUGGGACGUCGCAUGGAUGCCUUCCCCACCUCGUUCUUUGACCGCGUGUUUGGUGGCGGACACAUGGACCCGGACCACGCCAACGACGGUGGUAGCGAGUUUGCCCGUGACGCGCGCGCAAAGCACAGACUUCGCAACCUCAUCAUCCCCUCUCGCGGCGGCGGAGGAGGCCGCGACAACAAGUCUCCCGUGGACGCGACCGUGCUUCCGGCCACCUACUCGACCAACACGGUUGACAACAUCCCCCUGUCGCCCAUCUCGGCCCGUGAGCGCACCAAGGGCGGUCUCAUGGCCGACGCACAGGUCUUUGCAGUCUGCACGCCCAGGCAGGUAUCGCCCUCGUCAUCGCGCUCCGCCUCGCCCGACAACGACCCGGCCCCCGGAUCGCCCUCGUCGUCCGCCUACCCGCCUACGCCGCCGCGCCGCUCGGCAUCCAUGUCCAUGGGAUGGUCGCCGGGCUCGUCGGGCUCGUCGGGCGCCCCCGGCUCGCCACACUCGCCGCUGCGUACCCUCCCCGAGGCCGAGCUGUGGCCGCACGCCAACGCAAGGGAGAGGGUCGACCAGGGCGUGCCUGUCAUACGCAAUGGCGGCGGCCACAGGCAUAUGAGCAGCAGCUCGUCGUCGGGCGGCAGCGAGCUCCAUGACGUCUGGCCGGCGAUGCGACCGCGACAGCACUCGGCGUUUUAG